AUGAAGUCAUUCGCCUUGAUCUCCGCCACCUUCCUGUCAGCCUCCGCCAUGGCGCAGAGUAUGGGCGGUUCUGUUCUUCCGGAAUGCGCACAACAGUGCGCUUUGCAGGCUAUUCAGGCCAGCAAUUGCCAAAGCGCAGACCCAUCUUGUGUCUGUAAAAGCGCAAACUUUGCUUCAGACUUCACAAAGUGUGUCAGCUCCAACUGUAGCCCUGCUGAAUCUGCUGCUGCCAUCGCGACCGGUCUCAAGCUUUGUGCUGCGGCGGGUGUCAGCAUCGAGCCUAUUUCUGGUAUGUCGGAAAUGCCCAGUGUCACAGCUGGAGGACCGAUGUCGAUGCCUUCCGCCCCAGUCUCUGCGCCGUCAGCUCCAGCCUCUGCACCUGUUGCCCCUCCUCCUGUUAUUCCCUCUCAGCCAGUAGUACCUCCAUCUCCUGUUGCGACUCCAACCGCUACUGGGCCUUUGCCUGUGCCUGCCACGCCAGUACCCGCAACACCUGUUGCAACUGCUGGCGCGGGUACGCCUAUCUCGCACAACGCUGGUCUGGCUCCGGUUGGAUUGGCCUUGGUCUCAACUGUGUUCGUGUUCCUCUUCAUGUAG